AUGGACGAUAAAUUUGUGCUGCUGCGUCAAAAGAUAAAUGAGAACUUGGCCGAGGAUGACUUUGAUCCGGAUGGCACUCUUGCUAGUAAGAUGCUUGGCUCCAAUGCAGCCUACCACAUCGAUCAAAUUACUCCGGCCAUCAAAAACCUUGGCAUGCCGAAACGUGUUUCCAUCGAAGGAAGGCACAAAGGACAAGAAAUUCCGCAAAUGAACUCAGCGAGAAGUAAGAUGGAACUCGAUGAAUUCGAUGCCAAGAAGCACAAGUCUGCUGAUGCAAAAAUGAUUUCUCAAAAAUUGGAAGAGUUUUUUGGUAGUGCUUCAAGGUGCGUCAGUCCUAAUCCUGUUGCGUCAUCUUACUCGUUCCAAUCAUUUAAAAAGGACGAAAGAUUUUUAAAUGAUUUAAGAGGCGAAGAUGAUUUGGAGACUUUCAAAUUCAACAAAAAGUUCACUUCGAAAUCAUUCAUCGAAACGCCCAAGAAUAAUUUUCAAUCGAAGUGGUCGAAAGAAGUUCAUAAGUCGAAAGAAAUUUCGAGAGACAUCGUGGCUGAGAUGUUCAAGAACAGUAAUGUGUUUCUUGAUGAUAAUCUCGUUGAUGAGAAGACCUUAUUUGAUCAAUUUACAGAGCGACCAUUGCCUUUUGAUAAGAGAUUCAACAACGGCGAUUCAACCUACCGUUACAAUUCAGCCAAAGGCGAUGACGAAGCCUUGAUGGAGAAGCUGGUGCAGCACGCCACGAAAUCCGUGGACAUGUUGACGGAGACAGACGACAGUGUGACUGAUGUCACGUUGAACCCUUUCAAUAAAUCUUCGAAAAAUGUCACUGCUUCACUAAGAAAUAACUCCAAUAAGAAUUACCGGGAAGGCGGUGGCGGCAAGAGUGUAUCGUACGACACGUACGUCUCCAAAAUACCCAGGUCUAGGAAUAAUCAGAACAAUACUGACGUAAAUGAUUUGGACGAGGCCGCAGCUUCCUCGUCAUCUUCAUCUUCCUCAUCUGACGGAGAAGACAGUUCUCUCUGGUUCGCCAUGCGUCAGAACUUCAGCAACAACGUUCAGAAUGCGGAGAAAUAA